AUGGUUAUAGGGCUGAUACAUGAGCCACCUUUACCCGAUCCUACAGGCACUAGAAAACCACAAAUUCGUUACAUAGAAGGUGACGCUGUCUCAGUCACGAUUGCAGAGAGUAAUCUUGAUUUCACCGAUCUAGUGGGAAAUCAUCCUAGAGCCUGUGAUAAGUUUUAUCCUCUUAUACCUCUCCUUGGAAAAGCUGAAAAAGCAUCUGAUUAUGUUACAGUCCCGUUAUUCUUCAUUCAAGUGACGUUUUUUCCUAAUAGUGGUUUCUCUAUUGGAAUAACAAAUCACCAUGGCCUUGGAGAUGCAAGCACUCGGUUUUGUUUUCUGGAGGCAUGGACUUCAAUUGCAAGAUCUGGUUCAGAUGAGUUAUUUCUAGCUAAUGGAACUUUGCCAUUCUAUGAUAGAGUAAUUAAUCACCCAGCCUUGGAUGAAAUAUAUCUAAAGAGAGCAAAACUCGACACUUUCGAUGAAAAGUAUCAGCCCCGACGCCUUUCUGGACAGAGUAAUAAUGUCCGGGCCACGUUGAUGCUGACCAGACCCAUCAUCAAUCAAAUGAAGAAAUGGGUAUCAACCCAACUGCCCACGUUACAAUAUGUAUCAUCUUUUACAGUAGCAUGUGCUUAUUUUUGGAGUUGCUUUGCAAAAUUACGCAGUGAUGAGCUACAAGUUUUUGGCUUUGCCGUAGAUUGUAGGGCACGUCUGGUUCCACCGAUUCCAGCUACUUACUUCGGUAACUGUAUAGCACCAUGUGGGGCGAUGGCAAAAACAAAUAUAUUAACUGAAAAACAAGGGUUUUUGACUGCUGCUAAAUUACUGGGAGAGUGUUUGCAUAAGAUGUUGAAUGAUAAAGAUGGAGUCAUGAAAGAUGCCAAGACUUGGUUCGACUUAUCUUUCGAAGGGAUGCCAAAAUUCAUAUUUAUUAGUGGAACACCAAGGCAAAAAUUUUAUGACACCGAUUUUGGAUGGGGAAAGCCCAAAAAGUAUGAAACAAUUUCGAUUGAUUAUAAUAUGUCGAUUUCUUUGAACGCUAGCAAAGACUCCAAUGAAGAUAUGGAAAUUGGCCUGAGACUUUCGCCUAAUGAGAUGGAGGCGUUUAUUCCUAUAUUUAAUAGGGCACUAGGUGUAAGACUCGUGUAUUACACGGGUUUAUAA